GUUGUCUAGCUCGCUAUCACGCAAUUCCUUGGAUUAAUUCACAAUUACGCCACUGGAGCCCUCUUUACAUUCUCAACCAGUUUUAUCGACGCUCACCUACCAGCUAGUCCAAACGCCGAAGUCUGUUGCGUUCCUAUACCACAUUUCAACUUGCCAAACCCAUAUUUUGGACGACCUCUCGCCAAUCACGCUUGACCAUCAGUCGCCUAACCUCGACCCCAGCCCAACAUGCAUGCCAGCCCGGAGUGAUUUGACGCUUUCUGAAGUCGAGAGAUGCCAUGCGCGCCUCAUACGUGCUAAUCGAGCUUUCGACAUACUAGCUGCGGGUCUAGGUUGCUUCUUGUACCGAGCCCUUAUAAGGAUAUGGCUGCGUCGUUGGCGAAGGGCCACGUGCCCGCAUCUUCCUCUACACAUCCUCACCUUGUCUCCGAGAGCUCGAGACCAUCUCCCAGUCCCUCGAAUCCGGAGAAUUCACGACGGUCGCCUAGUGUCCGGUUUUCUGAAGACACCAGACCGACUUCUCGUUCAGAAAGAGGUUCCUCCAUGUCUCCCUCUCGCCGGGACGCUCUCGACACAGAUGAGAUUACGCCCAUACGACAAGCGAGCGAGCAUGAGAACAGGCAGUAUAAUACAGAGCGCAGCCAGGCUGCCUCUUCCACCGAACAAAAUCGUCCCGAAGCAGAUCAAGCAAAGGAUGAACCCAAAACCUCUUGGUGGAGACGAUUGGUCGAAAAGUAUGGUGCAAUAUCAUUAGAGAACAAAGGGUCAGUCGCAAGAGAUCAUUUGGCUCUGGAAAGAACCUUUCUAGCAUGGCUAAGGACCAGUCUCGCUUUUGCGAGCAUUGGCAUUGCCAUCACCCAGUUGUUUCGACUGAAUAUCGUCGGACAAAACCGAUCACAGAGAUUCUCCAUGGCGGAGACACUCCCUUUCUCGCCUCUUGUUGGAUCAUCUCUUCCCCCAGAGCUAUUACCAUACAUCCAGGAGCUACUAGCCUCCGCAACGGUAUCUGCGGCCACAUCAAUGCCCACCCUUGGUCCAACACUUCUCGAUCAAUUGCUGCUCCUUGGUCCGCGCGACGAGCAUGGAGUUCAGAUCAGCUAUGCAGAAGAGUUCGGAGCAUUGCAGCAGGUGGAAGACAAGUCGACAAACCUUCGGUCCAUCGGCAAGCCAUUGGGGGCAACAUUCAUUGGCAUCUCAAUCAUCAUUCUCUUUAUUGGAUUUCAUCGUUACUUUGAAUCCCAACAUUGGAUCAUCAAGGGGAAAUUCCCGGCAAGUCGGGGUAGCAUAUUUGCCGUUGCUUUUAUCACAGGCUCAUUGAUGAUCGCGAGCUUGGCCGUCGUCCUUGCGAUCCAGCCGAACCAUUAUGAAAGAAAUUGACACUAGACACUUGACCAUCGCGGGGGAGAUAUUGUGGCAUAUGAGUCCAAUAUGUAGUCGAGAGGGAAUCAGUACUGAGGUCGAACAAAAUUAGCUUCAUCAAAGUAUUUGGGGCUUUUGCAGAGAGGUGAAACCUACCUCAUGGACAACGACCAGGUCGACCGCCUACGACAUUUGACAUAGGGAAUUUGACAUUUGUGAGCACAUGACUGGAGGGCUAUCGAACAUAGCUAAGAGAAUCAAGGAGCCAGGCAGGUCGAGUUUUUGAAAUUGACUUGGACAUCAUGGAACUAUGGCCAUCUCAAGACUCUACCGAUUUGUCGACAUGGUCGGCUUUACAGAAGCCUGGCUGUCCAUCCUUCUUUUCCGGUCACCUCGACACUAAUUGGAAGCCAUUGAAGUGCUUCUGGAAUUGGUAAAUAUGCUGACAUGGCCCAUAUUGGAAUCGAGCAGGCCGUGCUACGGGUUAUCUCGGCAGUGUUUACUGCCUAUUGAUGAGGCGAUAUGUUGACAAUCUUGCGAUAUCCUGCCAAGUAGGAUUUUCACAGUAUAGCAAUGUGUGGACUAGAUCCACGUACCCAGUGUGUACACAAUUAC